GGUUUCCCCGAGGUUCCCGGGUGUCGGUUCGUACCCGUUUCGUACGUCGAGCUCGGGCCGAACGGAGCCCGACUCGAUCGCGGUCCGAUUUCGCCCCGAUCGCCCUUCGGGCCUGCCUGCUUCCUUGAUUCCUGCGUCGCGUCGCUGCUCAUCGAGUAGGAAAACCGACGGUGGAAGGGGCAGCGCCGGAGAUGACCCUCCGCAUUCCCAGGAGGAGUGCAAUCCGUCGAACGAACUGCGAGCGAGAGGAACGCGCGCGCGCGCGUUUCGGUGCGAUUACGAUUAAGUUUAUCAACAACUCCCCCUACCAACGAUACAACCCACGGUCGAAAAGGUCGAGAGAGCUCUGUUGAGUUCGAUCGAGAGAACCGAACGCAAUCGGUAAACCGAGAAAAAUCAACGAUCGAAACAUAAAUUCGAUAGGCGUGAAUCGAAAGAUCCUAGUAUACAUGAGUAAAUAAACGAGAAGCCAAUUUUCAAAUAACAAAGAGACGAAUGAACAUCGGAAGUGAGUCGAGCGUCGAAAAGAAUUAGGAAAAAUUGCGCUACCUAACAUUAUACCUGCGACUAUUCGGACACCCGUCUUUCCGUACAAACCACGUGACACGAACAAGUAGUCUCUGAUUAUCGAAGAGAGCUGUCUCGGAAACGCUGAUAUUGUGAUAGAAUCGUAACCGCCAAACAGCGAGCAGCGCGCAGCGCGAAAGAUUCGCAGUAGUAAAGAUCGGCUGUGAUCAGACAGCGGCAAGUAGUCAAGGUAGACGUACGGAGAGAAGUGCGCGGUGCCUCGGUGUCGGUGAUCCGCGGGAAACCUCCUGUCUGUACUCGACGGGGGUUCGCCCCCCACCCCCACCCCCCACCCCCACCUCUUACCUCGACCAGCGUCGCUGCCCACCACCACCCCGGCAAUUCGAGUGCUACGCUAAGCGAUACGACAAGUGCCAACGGCGGAAGAACGACGAUUACUCGCGAGGCGUGAGACGCCGGGCCAUAACAUAUUAUACCUUCGCCACUCUACCGAAGCAUAAAUAUGAUAUUUGACAACAUGAACGCAGUAUUCGUCGAGCACCCCUCGUGACUACUUGAACCGGCUGAACGUCGCGAUCAGGCUACAGUUUUCAGCCUCUGAGGGAGGCGCGAGAAGAGGCUCGAACGGACCGCCGCAGCGUGACUUUGAGUUACUCGUGAUAAGGUGCAAUUUUCUUUUUUUUUUCCUUUCUUUCCUUUUCGUUUGGUUUUCGUCGGAAUCCAUUUUUUCGAUCCUGACGACGGUGUUCAACUCUUGUGUUAAAUUAGUCGUGCGAAUGUGACCGUUUGAAAUUUGUAUAUACGUAUAUAUGUACACAUGUAUAUAUUGUAUAGGUAUACAUAUUUGAGGUGUAAAGAAAGUAAAUUGGUGCUACAGGAUAAUAAUUUUCGAAAAGUCUAGUGAAUUGUUUGUGUUUUUGACGUGUUUGUAUCUGCGGACAAGGUGAGAGAUGAGAGUCGGUGAUGUUGUGUGAUUAGGUGGAGAAAUAUAUAAAUCAAGAACGCGUCUCGAACAGACGUCGGCUGAUGCUUCUUGCUUUGUGUGCGUAAGUGAUUAGCUGUGAUAAAGUGUAAAUUAUAUAACACGGGUAAAUUACACUAGGUUCAACGUGCAAUAAAUAAAAUCGUUUCUCGGUGGGAUUUCUUUCGAGACGUAACUGUGUGGUGAAGUGGUUCGCCGUCUCGCGGUGCGGUGUGGCUUUUACGGUUUAAUACCCGCGGCAAUUCCACCGUUUUAACGAUAUAGUGCAAUUGUACGACAAACGGGAAUCGGGAAACGGGAAACGGAUUGUGACUGUUCUAGUGAGGGUAGAAUGAAUGUUCACAUUAUCAUCGACGCCACUGAAAUAUCGGGCAUGGAUACCAAGGAUCAUUACGUCGUCAAGGCACCAUCAACAGCUGCCGAUGACGGUGGUGAUGGAACUCAAGGACGGGAUAACGAUACCGAUUCCUUGCAAUUGUUUUCACAACUCGAUCCAACGGUGGACAGCGUGUACAUGAUAUGCGGAGUUCUGAUCGCCAUGGUCCUGGUCGGGGCUAUCAUCGUAUUGCUCGCCGUGACGAUCAGCAAAUUGCGGAAACGAGAGGAUCACUCGAACACCGUGCAUCCCGAACCAGCCGUUGUACAAACUGCGGCUGCGCCCGUUCCUGCAUCCGCAUCGCCGACGGCGAACGGAGCCCUUCAGUCCUGCGACGCAAUGCCGCCGCACUGCACGGACCUCGGAUCUUCCGCCGACCCGGAACUCACCUACGCCGGUCAAUUUGUAUGGCAAUUUCCACCACCGUACCCUCCACCGCACACACCGCCGCCCCAGUACUCGCUGUACAGUAACGACCAGGACACACUCGUACACGCACUACCUUCGGAGAGGGCCGGCUUUGCGAAAGGUUUUCGUAAGAACCUUGGCGGUCGCUGGCGACGCUUAGUGAAGAGAAAACCCGAGAUGGAAACAUGCUCCAUUCCGCCAGAACUCAAGGAUCAGCUUAAGACCAUCUACGUCUAUUGACCUCGAGACCUUCCUUGAUAUUACUUCCAUUCAGUAAUUAAUGCUUUCCCAUAUCGUAAGAUAGUUCAUACUUCAUACCGCAUCUCGACGAAGGAAGGGUCGGUAUGCCCGGGAACAAAGCGCAACGAGGCUCAGGUCAAACCUCGGCCAAAAGACAAAGAUUUAAGGAAAAUAUGUACGUAUUUUGAAAGACAAGAGAGGCGUCAAUGGGAGAUGUGGGCAAUGAAGCCCACGUAGCAGCACACAUACCACGAAGUGUCUUAUGCCCUUGUAACCAGCCCAAAGCUAGCAUCGUUCUAGAGUGAGUCGAGACUUGAAGUCUGGAACUAAAGGUGAUCAAAAAAUGAAUUUGUACAGAAACAACAAUUUCUCAGAUCUAGAAUAACGAUGGCAGCAAUUGGCGAACAUCUCGGUACUCUAUAUCCGUGUAAAAACUUCCAUUCGAGUUAUUUAUUAAUCAACUUGAGAUAUAGAGUUAUCAAUAAAAGUGCCUUUUUCAAACGGACAAAUUUUCACCUUUAUAUGCACUCGUAGAAGCACAAAAGAUGUUCAGAAGACAGAAUGGCGCGAUGGACUUGACGAGACUGAAACGUAAAGUGUACGACGACAAAACGAGGGUUGUACCCCGUAGCUUUUGAGUACGUUUUUACACGAUAAAAAAUUGAAAUCACUAUGUAUGUAUAGUAUUAUUCUGAAUGCGACCUGCCCAUGCCGUUCUGAGGCCGAGCAGCGCUAUUACUUAUGUAAAUAAAUGUAUAAAGCAAUAAUUAUAGUUUUUAAUGAAACGCUGAUGUUCCCAAUAUUGGUGUAAGAAUGUCGCGUGUACACGUAUUACGAAACUAAUUAAUUACUCGAUUGAUCAUUCGAGUGAUUAACUAAUUAACGAAUUGCUUGGGGUAAGCGGUCUCUAGGUAGCAUGUUUAGAACUUCCUUGCCCUGGAUUAAACAGUGUAGCAUUUUACUAUAUAAUUUGUACCAUAGAACGAUUUAAGACUAUUAUAACUAUUACGACGGCUCAUAUUGAGCCCAUAAUUUAGAAUGAAUAACUACCACGGUGUUUUAGUUAAAUUGUUGUUUUGUCUGAUAUCUCUAUUUUACUUAUUAUAAGUUGAUCGUUCGAAUGUAUUUUUGUUUCUGUAUACGUAUACACGCAAAUUUACAAGCACUCUUAUCCAAUGCGAGCAUUAUUGCGUAUACCUAAUAUACACCGAUAUAAAUGCUCAUAUGAGAAAAAAUCACGCAGCUAGACGAUUCGCUGCAUUAACCGACUUGCAGAUCUUUUCAAUUUUAACUCCAUUUUUAAGCAACUUCUUAUCGGAUGCAGCGAAUGUUUUGACAAUCAAGGCUUUUGGUUUUUCUCUUCUCUGUCGAUAUUUUAUCAAACGAGUCCCCUCGUCCCAGCACGCUCCACGUAACCUUUAUUUUGAAUUCUCUAAAACUCGUAAUUCGCAUAAUGCUAGUAAGGCAUAAGAGACCAUACAGAACCAAUAAUGUCCCGACGUGUAUACCUUCUUAAUAAGGCAAUUUUAUAAUUCUAACAUCAGCAUGAGCUGCGUGCUCAUGACCUAGUCACUUGUUUAUAUUGUCGGAAAUCCUAGUAUUAGAGAAAUUCUACGCAGCUUGUUAACUAUCGAAUAUCAGAAUACAACAAUAUCAAAUAAAAUGUUCGAAACAGA